UGCUGAGCAGGCUUUCUCGGUAGCCAUACUGUUUGACCACAACCUUGCUUUUUCCAUUCUCCCAGACUUUCUCUACCUUCGCAUCACUGACAUUUGGCCAUUGCUUGCCUGGUCAUGGCGAGCGAAGAUGCCUUUCCGCAAUCCCCGAAACUGUCUUUCCCCACGGUUUCGCACUAUCCAAAGGCUCUAGACAACCGUCCAGCGCACAUACUUUUUCCAACUGUACCGACCGGUAACUCCGAGAUUCCUAUGGAUACCUUCGGGAGUAGCUAUCGAAUCUCCAACCCUAAUAACCCUUAUUUGAGAGCGACAGAAGGAAAAUUAGCCAGAAAAAGCAGCAUGGGUCACAAACUGUAUGGUUACUCCAAUGACAUUUUUGAGCCAAGCCCACUCCAGGCUUGGACAGAAGUGAAAGAUCACAAUUUACUUGUGAAUGGUCUGCCUACACUAGAUCAAAUACUGACUCGCAAAACCCGCCCUCCGCUUUCCUUGCAAAACUUUGAAGACUUUCUGAAACGGUAUGGUGCUGAAGCGAAUGUAGCAUUCUGGCGAGAGAUAUAUAAUCAUCAAAAGCUGUGGGCUGCAUUACAUACGAACAUUGCGAGAAGGAAACGCAGGAGUGAUGCCGCGUCAUCUGGUAGUUACCGGCGGUCCAAAUUCUCAUCCUACCAAGCAUCAUCCCACGACACAUCCUCUUUAAUUGCAGCCGUGCGGGCGUCUCAACUAUCACCUGUUUCUUACCCAUCCUCCAGUAUCCACCCUGCCCAGGACGAUGCAACUCGUUCAAUGCCUCAAUCUUUUGCAGAGGAAGAAGAAUCGAGCCCUCAAUACUCAGAGGUGACCGAUACCAUUGAGCUUUUGGAAGACUCCGAUACUUCUGUCUAUAUUCCACAGUCACUAUACUCAUGGAAACGUAUAGACAUUCCAUCGAUGUUAUGCUACGAAGACCUGCAACAAAAUGCCAAACGAAUCUAUUUCAAGUUCUGUACACCGUACCAUGCAGAAUCUACAAUAUUUUUGCCAGACGACUACCGGAUAGCACUGCAAGAAAUGAUUGAGAUUCAUCAUCUAGCUGACCCCAUUAUCUUCGAUUCAUCGUUUCUAUACGUUUACGAAAUGCUCAAUAUUUUUUUUUAUGGACGAUUUCUUGACUCGGUCAUGUAUAAGAACGUGUCCGUCCAAGGCAUGAAAAUUUACUUGUUCUUGAGCGUUGUUUUCCUCACUGCUGGUUUUGGAUUGGAAAUAGCGUUUAUUCUCACUGGAAUUGGAACUAGAGUGACAAGGCUAUGGGGCACUAUUCCUAUCUUUUUAGGGUGUUGUACGCUUGUGGCCGUAGUUGGUGAGUUCUCCUGGUGGCAAGGCUUACUCAAUGUGAGCGGGUUAACAGACCUUCGAUAUCAUACAACGCUGGACAAAACCAUUCGACGUAUCCAUAUGCGUCGAUCUUGGUUGUUUAUGAUGAUAUCCGCUGCCGCUACGGUGAUCUGCCUAGCUGUCUUCAUUGCAUUUCCUCCAUUACCAUUGACAGACCCUAAUUAUUUGCAUGGAUAAUGAUUCUUUUUUUUAUAAUAACUGACGCUAAACUUGUACAACUUGAAUCGUUUCGUUUGGUUCCUGGGCAGUUGUGGGUGGGCGAAUGGCAGUCACACAUCACGUGUAAUUUUGGUAAACAUUUAUUUUUUGGUACUUGCACUUGUCAGAA